AUGGGGGGCGCGGAGGGGGCGUCGGUUGGAAGUCGCCCGGCCCCGGCCGAUACGGGCGGGUUCGGCGGUGAUGUACCAUCCACCUCCGACGGGCACCCUCCAAGCGGCGAGCGCGGGUCCAAGUCGAUGACCUCGAUGGACUUCCUCCUCCGCGGGGAGAGCGUCAGGUCUAACCCGUACCUGCGCGCGUUCGCCGCGUCGGGGCUCCCCGAGGUCAUGAUGGCGGACGAUAACUUCAGCAGCUGGACGAACAUCAAGGGACGGGUGCUCAGGAAGGAGAUUGCCGAGGCAUCGGCGGCGGCAUCGCGGAUUCCACGAGCGGUCGCCAAGGCUCGAGGCUUACCCGCCGCCGCCGCCGACGGAACCUGCGCAGACGACCCGCUCGGCGAUGGCGACGGCGUCGUGCUCUUCGACCUCUGCUCGGGGAAAGGUUUCACGUCCAUCUUCCUGUCGCAUCGAUAUCCUAAGGCGCGCAUCCUCAUGUUCGACUUCGACCGCAAGAUGAACCUCAAGCACCUCCCAUCGCUCGCCCCGCGCGUCUCGUUCCAUCGGCUUAACCUUUACGACGACGAGGUGGAGCGUUUGGUGUCUGACGCCGUGAUAAGUCACGGUGACCGCGGUUCGUGCGUCGUGGGCGUCCACCUUUGCGGUGAUCUCUCCAGGCGUGCAAUCGAGCUGUGGGACCGGUGCGGAGUGGACGGCCUGGUGCUGUCUCCGUGCUGUCUGGUCAGGGAGCUCGCCGAGGUCAAGCGACCUCACGGCACGUUUGGCUACGGCAUGGCCCGGCUCGCGAAGCGAACCGGGUGGAACUCGUACAGGCUGUGGUGCUUGUUCCUGUGGAACCACAUCGGCGUGAUUGGAAGCGACGGGGACGACGGGGAUGUGCUCGUUCGAGACGGGGACGACGGGGACGGCGGUCGAGGGACUCGGCACCGGCGCGACCUCAACUGGGACGACGACAUGAUCUCAGAGCGAAACGCGUUCCUGUGCGUGUCCAGAGCGUCGGCGUGUGUGCCGUGCGGGUGA